ACAAGACACAUAGCAUUCUAUAGAGAAGAAGAUUCACCAUUUUACCGCCUAAAUAUCUUGUAGAAUGGCUUGUGUGACGAUACCGGGACUUCUACAUCAUGCCUCUCAGUGCAAAGGACAAAUACAGGUUAUAUUUGGUCCUAUGUUCUCUGGGAAAACUACUGAGCUUGUAAGACGUGUCAAAAGAUAUCAGAUUGCAAAUCAUUCCUGUUUGCUGAUAAAAUAUGACAAAGACGUUCGUUAUGAUGAAGACAGGGUGUCAACGCAUGACCAGCAAAAAAUGGCUGCAGUCCCAUGUCAUAAACUGUCGAAUAUAAAAAAGAAAGCAAUGAAUUAUAAUAUAAUUGGAAUAGAUGAAGGACAGUUUUUUCCAGACAUAGUUGAAUUUUGUGAAGAACUUGCAAACAAGGGCAAGACUAUCAUUGUUGCUGCGCUUGAUGGAACAUUUCAACGACAGGCUUUUGGAAAUGUGCUGUCACUUAUUCCCAUUGCAGAAAACGUUGUGAAACUAAAUGCUGUGUGCAUGAAUUGCUUCAAAGAUGCUGCUUUCACGAUGAGACUGGGAAGUGAAACAAAGGUUGAAAUCAUCGGUGGUGCUGAAAGAUAUUGGUCGGUUUGCAGAGAAUGUUUUAAUUUACCGAACAAUAACGAAAUAGUCAAAAGAGUUCGCGACUCUUCCGUGGCAACUGUAAACGGUAUUUUAAAAUCCUACAGAUAACACGGUCGACAUUUCGCAGACGAUGAUGUCUCAAUGGUUUGUACAGGCAAACAAGACAACAAAACGACCUUAUAAAUAUUGUACAGCGAUGAAAAGCAAUGACGAAAUUGUGACAAGGCUAUGCCUAAAGUUUUUUUUUAUUAGAACCAGAGGCAGUCUGGCAUUUCUGAAUCUGAAUAAGUCCAAACUUUGCUUUGUAAUGUUAUUUUGAUGUAUGGUGUAUCAAAGUUCUUGAAAUUGAGUUGUUUUUAUCGACGUAGCUAAGCUUGUAAUUAUUUUUGUAUUAAAAGUUGUAAUUUUAAAUUAAACUAUUUUUUCUCUCGUCGACGUAGUCGUAUUGUGGUUCUUAAUUGUUGACAGUUGAG